AUGGUAGACCAUGGCCACAAGAACUUUGCUCAAGUGGCAGGUGAGGUGGGAAGGGAUGCAACAACAGUGUCACGCAUAUACAAACGGUACCACCAAACACAGGAUUAUAAUCAAGUAGCCCCUAGGAGUGGUUGCCCAUGCAAAUUUACUGAGUCUGAUGCAAGAAGGGCCAUCUUUGAGAUCAAUAAAGGUGGGGCUGUUACAGCCAGCCAACUUCAACGUGAAAUUUUCCCCCAUGUCUCAGCUGAUACUAUUGAGAGAAGAUUAAAGGAGAAAGGCUUAGAGUGCUGUAAGCAACGUAAGGUCCCCCUGCUUUCAAAAAGGCAUGUAGAGGAGCGUCUAGCAUGGGGGGAAAGCCUUUUUUCCUGGACUUUAGAUAACUGGUCAGCAGUUGUUUACUCAGAUGCCUCACAAUUCAAUAUCUUUGGGUCUGAUGGUUACCAACGUGUUUGGCGGAUGCCUGGGGAGUCCUUAGAUCCCAAAAAUACCACCAAGAAAGUUGCUCAUGGUGGAGGAAAUGUCAUGGUCUGGGGCUGCAUUACUAGGCAUGGUGUGGGCUGCCUUCAACGCAUCACAACCAAGUUGGAUUUGCCAGGAUAUGCAAGAAUCCUCACAGAAGAUCUUCUGGGGUCUCUUAGCAAUCAAGGAAUCAAUCCUUGUGACAUAUAUUUUCAGCGGGACAAGGAUAGGAAGCAAUGGACCAAACUGGUGGCCACCACCCUCAAAAAUCAUCACAUUGAUUCUCUUCCGUGGCCAGCUGCUAGCCCUGACAUGAAUAUCAUUGAAAAUCUUUGGGACCACCUUGAUGGUCUGGUGCAUGCUCAAAAACCCCCUCCUACUAAUAAGGAGAUAUUGUGGCGGUAUUUACGGGAGGAGUGGGAGGCAAUUGACCAAGGCUAUAUCAACAGCCUCUAUGAGUCAAUCCCUACAAGAGUUAUGCAACUUGUGCAGCAGCGUGGUGGGAACACUGAAUAUUAA